CGAUUCUCAUUAGCAACGUCAUAUUGCGUCCGGAAGAUAAAACCAGCUGUUAAUUAAUCAUUAAAACAUGGAACAUUAAUGGCUAGUGAAAAUCGAGGCUGUUUCGUUUGGCUCAUAAGUUUAAAGAAAUCUUGCAACGAAAGAUUUGCAAGAUUUCGAAACCGCAUGCGCCAAAGAUAUUAUUACAAGAAGAGGCAAGACUCUUGACCCAGAAACCCUGUUAAAUGAAACAGGUACUGCCGACAUGGUCGUCUGUAAGAUUGCCAGCAAGUCAACCAAAGUCGUUCCUGAAAAUCUGUCAUCAAAGAAUGACGAGGCUGUUGCUUCUAAAAUUACAACAGUGACAGGGACCGCAGCAGACGAUGAGAGCAUGGCAGACGACAUACUUGUUGAAGAAUUCGUAACACGCAUCAUUAACAAGGCAGCCGACACACUGAGACAGGAGUUGCCUAGCAAUUCAACGACCGUAACCGUGAAGCGGGCAGACGACAACAGUUCAUUGUCCUCCAGUAUCAUCAGCCAAAUUGCUGAUAUGGCUGUUACGGAGAGCUUGACAAAUAUUAUGACAGAUGCAGACAUCAACCAAUCUGCUAUUAGAGCUCCUAGAACUGUCAAAGAAUUCAAGGAAGCAUUUGGCAUAACCGGAUAUGACGCCAUUGAUGACGGUCUUCCACCUGUAAGCGUGUAAGAGUGCAAGAAAAAAGAAACUACGUGUGUGUGUUUGUUUAUGUGUUUGUUUUGUUUUUGUUUGUUUUGUGUUUGUUUGUUUGUUUGUUUAUUGUGUUUGUUUUUUUGUGUUUGUUUGUAUGUCUGUAUGUUUGUUUUUGUCCUGUCUUGUUUUAUUUUGUCUUGUUUUGUGUUUUUUCCUGUUAUUUUCGUGUAUCGUGUGUUUUAUUAUUAUUAUUAUUAUUAUUAUUAUUAUAAAUUAUUAUUAAUAUUAUUAUAAACUAUUAUUAUCAUUAUUAUUAUUACAAAUUAUUAUAAUUAUUAUU